AUGCCAGACCAUCAUCAUCACUCUUCAAGGCGGAGAUUACGCUCACCGGAGCGUUCUAGACGUGAUCGCGACCAUCGCCAGAAAAGACGAAGCCGGUCUCCUCCAUCGGUCCAAUUGCCUCUGAAUGCGCGUGCCCUCGUCAAACAUGAUUUGAAAGAAUUUAAGCGCUUGUUCGCCCUCUACCUUGACAUUCAGAAGCAGAUUGACGUAGACGAUCUCGAUGAGACCGAGGUCAAAGGUAGGUGGAAGUCGUUCCUUGGCAAAUGGAAUCGCGCCGAGCUCGCAGAGGGUUGGUAUGAUCCUGUGACGAAAGAGAAAGCCGAUCGUGCCGCUGCAGAACAGAAGACGAGACACUACAGCCCACCACCGAGAGAACAGCAACACCAAGACGCAUCGACCGUCCAGCCAGCCGAAGACCAUGACGAUAGCGAGGACGAUUACGGGCCAUCGUUACCGACCACCAUCAGCCGUGUCGGACCCUCUGUACCAUCCAUGCAAGAUCUUCAGUACCGGAACGAGCUUGCUGAAGAAGACGACACUGCUCGCAGACAAGAUCUUCGGUUUGACCGUAAGAUGGAUAGGAGGCUACAGAAGGAGCGCUUAGAAGAACUCAACCCACGCGCCGAACCAGGCUCACGGGAACGUCAGCUGGAGAAGAAGCGCGAGAAGGCUGUCGCGAAUCGCGCUUUCCGUGAGGAAAAGUCUCCGGGAGCCGAGGAAGUCGGUGAGGGCGACUUGAUUGGCGGCGAAGAUGGUAUCAAGGCUCAUCUGCAAGCUACGCAGCGCAAGAAGUCGGAACGUGAGCUGAGAAAAGAGGAGAUUCUCCGCGCUCGAGAAGCCGAACGCGAAGAGAGGCUUGCCGAACACAGGGCUAAGGAGGACAAGACUAUGGAGAUGCUCAAGAGUCUUGCCAGACAACGCUAUGGCUAA